CCAGUAGUGUUUUUCCCCUCGCCGAGCUCUCUCUCUCUCUCUCUGUCUCUGUCUCAUCCUCUGCUCUGACUCUUGCGCGCUCUCUCGCUCAGCGGACGGACGAGACCUCUCUUCCCCUGCUCCUCUUCUUCUCUUCCCAUCUGUUAUUUCAUUACAUCCUCUUCCUUUAUCUGGUUCUUUUUUAUAUAUAUACAUUUCUCCCUCUGUGUCUUCACCUCUUGUGCCAGGUGCAUUAGUGAGAGUCUCAGCGUGUGUGUGAGUGUGUGUGUGGGUGGAUGGGUGUCAAUGUGUGUGUGUGAGUGAACGUGUGUGUGUGUUUGUGUGUGUGUGUGUUGGGUUUCGACAUGGAAGCAGUGGCACUUUAUACGUUUCGUGCCACAGAGGGUGAUGAACUUAGUUUCAACAAGGGAGACAUGCUCAAGAUCACAAACAUGGAGGAUGAUCCCAACUGGUACACAGCUGAGCUCCACAACAGAAAAGGCUUUGUACCAAAAAACUACAUCAACCUGCGGCCACAUGCCUGGUUUGCUGGUCGUAUAUCCCGUGGUGUGGCAGAGAGUCGACUCAGGCACAGGGAGUGUGGGGCUUUUCUGGUCAGAGAGAGCGAGAGUGCCCCCGGAGAGUUCUCCAUGUCUGUCAGUUAUGGAGACCAUGUUCAGCAUUUCAAGGUGCUGCAGGAUCGCUGUAGUCAGUACUACGUGUGGGACGAGCUCUUUUCCUCUCUGAACGAGCUGGUGGAGUUCUACCACGGCAACAGCAUCGCCAAGGAGAGGACCGUCUUUCUGAGGGACCCUGAGCACUUCGCCAGGCGUCCCCAUCAUGCCCAUGCUCUCUUCGACUUCACUCCACACCACCCCACCCAGCUACGCUUCCUGCGUGGUGAUGUCAUCGAACUCCUUGACUGCUCUGAUUCACUGCGCUGGAGGGGCCGUUGCCAUGGACACGUGGGCUACUUCCCCCCAGAGUAUGUCCAGCCCAUUUACCACUGCCAAUGACCUGAAGUGUCAAUCAAAUACACAUCUGUCAACCCCGCCUCUCACACUGAUUCCCUGCUCCACACUUGACCAUUCAUUUUUGGAGCAGACAACUGAUAAGCUGUAAGUUGCUGUAACGGCUCUUUAAGGCACUGACUCCCCCAUUUCCACGUGAUGUCACCUGUCAAUCACCAGUCUUGUCCAAUCAGUUUUUCUCUUGACCCCACAACUUCACUUCUUUUCAGUCAUGUAAAAAAAAGACAUUACAGUAUGGACCUACACACUGUGGAGAACUCACAUAGUCAAACACACACACACUCCCAGGCAUAAUCAUUUAUUACAGCUUAUCAGCACCGGAGCAGGCUGAAUAAAAACAACACACACACACUAACCUGAUGACAAAAAAUAAAGUGUGUGGCCCAUGAUGGGAGCUUGUGGAGAAAGGGCAAGGGUUUUCUCUGCUGCAGAUGAGUUGGGAUUUGUUCCAGUAUUUUCCUGUCAGUCCCACGAGGAGAUCCGGUGAACCGAGCAGAGAGACACAGAGUCAUUGUGCUGUGAAUAUUUGGACCAGACACUGCAGAUACUGACACAGCAGAUUCUCACUGGGCUGGAGUGUGUGAGUGUGUGGAGAUUUUGAAAUAAAAUGUGAGUCCAAACACAUGUAAAAUUGCCAGCUUUAUGAAUGUGUGUGGUUGUUGUGUGCUCAUGUGAAUGCAUAUGAGUAUGAGCUUGUGUGUGUGUCCAGGCCUGUGCUCCGUAGACCAGUAAAAGAGAGUUUCCAUGUUAAAGUUAUCAGUGAGAUUAACGCUGCCCAGAUGAUACACAGCCUGAACUGUAAGAAGCUCAACUCAAUAUACUGAUCAUUUGUUUGUUUAUGUGUAUUUAUUCUUAUUCAUGAGUAAUCUUAAAAUGCAUAUAUCACAAGUAAAAUUAAACGUUGUAAAAAGGUUUUGAUUCUGUUGCAACAGAUCAUUUAAAAAACAUACACACACAUUUCAUGUGCUUAACAGUAAAAACUUGGUCUUCCUUAAUCUGUAAUGACAAAUCACUUAAAUAAAGUGAUACAUUUACUUCUUUGAA